CACGAACGGGGUCGGGUUUUCGUCGGACUGGCUGAUGGUAAGAUUUUUGUCUUCCGCCGUCACGUCAGUCUUUCACAUCAACCUUCUAGCAUCCUUCAGAAUUCGUUCUAUCCCGACCACAGAGGUACGAUCUUUCUAAUGCCGCACAUUCAUUUUACUGUCUUUAUUCCUCACUCGACUCCUAAGGAUUAUGAUCAAACCCAUCUUUCCAAUCACGACGACCUUAGAGAGCGAUUGUCCGGACCCUCGGCAAAUGUCUUCCAUUCAGAAGAGAGAUUCUCGAGCCGACCGGAUAUUGAUUGCAAUAUCACUAAACUCGACAAUAUUGACAGUCUAGCUACCUCACAUAACUACUUCGACUUGAGGGAGCAUGAGCCGGGUGAAUGGGACCUAUCUGAAGCGGCGGUUAUCUCUUGUUGCAAUGGAGACGGUCUGAACGCUGAACAGGCGGUCCGGGAGAUUGUUGCACUAGCCAAUUUCGGUCUCAUCUGGGCCGCUAGUGGUAACCAGGUUUUAGCUAUUGACGCCGCCAGUCUCUGCCUGGUCAACAAUUUUCAGGACAGGGCCCGAGGCAUAACUCGUCAACGUGCAGUCAGACAUUCAUUUUUGUUCAUUGAACUAUACGGUAAAGAAAAGUCGGUUUGUGAUAUGGGAACAAAUAUCGAGGUGCAUCCCAAUCCUGACGCCCAAGUGCGAACGAUGGUGCCUCAUCGAGAUGGCGUCUGGAUUGCAAUCCGUGGUGAGCCAGUCAUCCGACUUUACAGUGCAUUUACAAUGGAGCACUUGCAGGACGUGGACGUACAGACACCAAUACAUCAAUUUUUCGGUUGGUACUUCUUCGUACUACUGUAUUGCUCUAAUAUUUUUUGUGGCAUGACUCUCUAUUUCAAAGGGAGAAUUGGUUGGAAGGAAAUUAUGAUGUGGUCUCACCGGAAACUGAAGGAGGAUUGCAGCGUAGGGAAAACUGUUGAAUUAUGCAAAGAAGUCCUUGGCUCACCGUUCUCCGACCCCGAUGAAACUGUGCUGAGCUUUCGUCUUUACUGUGAAAUACAUCUUCCUAGCAAGUUUCCAUAA